UCUACCUUUUUCUUUUUGGAUUGCUUCUUUCUUGUUUAAUUUCCGUUCAUUUCCUUCAUAGUUUUUCCAAAGAACACGACGUAGAAAAUCAAUUUUUUCAGAUAUUGAGGGGGUUCUUUUAAUGUAGAUGUGAACGUGGGUUUGCAAGAAUGUGUGAGUAAUUGAGAAUUAUUGGAUAAAUCUUAUUUGGAAAGGAAACAAUUUGAUAGCUUUUCAAAGAUGAAUUGGAACUCGCCAAUGGAAGUUCAUUACCAAAAUCAUGCUGUGCCUUAUAAUUCAAUAGGGAGCUUUGUGGAUUUUUUCGGAGGUCUUACUUCUGACCAUGUAAAUUUCAUUUCCACCGAUGCUCCUUAUGCUCAGGAGAGUUCUUACUAUGCGAUGAAUACUAAUUUAUACAAAUUUGCGGUAACUGAACUUGAAAGUUCCUCUCACUAUGAAUCUGCGCAUGGCUAUGUGGUCAAUGAUCAUAUCCAAGGGAUUGAUGAAUAUAGCAGGCAUUUGGAGAACCCGCCGGUUCCAGCUGAUGAUCAGGCUACAGCUGCACAUGUGCAUGAGGAGGAAAAUUUGAGCUCCUCUUCAUCUUUAGAGUGUCCUAGGAAUCAACAGAACACUCGUGACUAUGAGGUUGUUUGGGAGGACAAUAUCGAUCCUGACAACAUGAGUUAUGAGGAGCUACUUGAGCUGGGUGAGGCAGUUGGAACUCAAAGCAGAGGUCUUUCUGAGGAUUUCAUUGCGUUGCUUCCAAUUUCAAAGUUUAAGCGUGGUUUAUUCUCAAGAAAGAAAUUCAAAGGAGAAAGGUGCGUAGUUUGCCAGAUGGAGUACAAACGAGGUGAUCGGCAGAUGACCCUUCCAUGCAAACAUAUCUACCAUGCUGCUUGUGGGAGUAGAUGGCUUAGCAUCAACAAGGGGUUGGGGCGAGAUCGGGAUCGGAUUGUGUUCGACCGGUGGAGAAGUCUUUUCAGAUCAUCUAUUACACUGUUGGAGUAUAUUUAUUUGCUAGUGCUGAAGGGGAACUUGUUGAUAGUAAAUAUCUAUCCUCUCCUAAAAACUACCCCAGUAGUUUAUCUCAAGAAGUUUUAUAUACAUAAUUUAAGAAUAGUUUCACAGACACCAUAAUGAUGUAAAAAGAUAAUGAAUUUGGUAAAUCUUGUACUCAAGUUCACAUAAUUUUUAUAAUUUUUAUGUUUGUAACAGUGGAUUUUUUUUC